GAGAGCGCAUCUCCUGGGGAAUCCAUCUCCACAUGAUCCCACCUCACCGUCUUCUCCCCACCAGCCGGGGGAUCUAAUUUGCUUUCCAACGCUCCCUCCAAGAAUGGAUUUCCAAGCCAACCAGACUUCCAACGAUUCCGCUCUAAACAUUUCAGAGCUGGGACAAGACUUCCCUCCCGACGACAACGGUGACCUCAGCUCCAUGAGUUAUUCCACCAUUAUCAUGUCCGUCCUCUUUGGUAUCAUCUGUCUGGUGGGCAUUGUUGGCAACAGCCUGGUGAUCUGCGCCGUCUUGAAGAAAUCCAGCCCCAGCAGCAGCGUACCGGAUAUCUUCAUUGUCAACCUUUCCUUGGUGGACCUCCUGUUCCUUCUGGGGAUGCCCUUCCUCAUCCACCAGCUGUUGGGCCAAGGAAGCUGGAAAUUUGGAGGAACCAUGUGCACCAUCAUCACCGCCUUGGAUGCCAACAGCCAGUUCACCAGCACUUACAUCCUCACCGCCAUGUCCAUUGACCGCUACCUGGCUACUGUCUAUCCUUUCUCCUCCACCCGUUUCAGGAAGCCCCCGGUGGCCGUCACGGCCAUCUGUAUGCUCUGGGCCCUCUCCUUUCUCAGCAUCACUCCCGUCUGGAUGUACGCCCAGUUGAUUCCUCUACCCGGAGAGCUUUUGGGGUGCGGGAUACGUCUGCCAGACCCUCAGUGGGACAUCUAUUGGUAUACCCUCUACCAGUUCUUCCUUGCUUUCGCCAUCCCUUUUGCGGUCAUCACGGUGGCCUACCAGAGAAUCCUCCUAAAGAUGGCCAGGUCUUCUGAAGCCCUCACCAGGCAAAGAGGCACCCAGCUGCGGAUCAAAAGGGUGACACGGAUCGCCAUUGCCAUCUGCUUGGCCUUCUUCCUGUGCUGGGCUCCCUUCCAUGUCCUACAGCUUGUCCAAUUAGCCGUCCAACCCACUUUACCCUUCUACUAUGCCUACAAUGUGGCCAUCAGCCUGGGUUAUGCCAACAGCUGCCUUAACCCUUUCAUCUACAUCUUGCUGGGGCAGAACUUCCGCCGGAGGAUCACGGUCUCUGACCAGCCAGCAGAUGUGGAAGGACUCUUCCAACAUCAGGUCAAAAGCGCCCCAGCAGACCCCAGUGAAUCUGGGCAGCCUUUGCUACAUUUGGUCUCUGUCUUGGCCAGAUAAGAGAUGACAAAUGGAUUUAUUUGGGUGAAUUAACUCUAGGGAUAUGUGUCCAUCCACCCCAUUUUUGAGAACUUUUGGGACUUUUGUAAAAAUGAUCUUUUCUGCUUUGGACCAUUAUGGCGUAACCUGCAGGAGCAGGGUCCUUAAAUAAAUCACUCUUUUGAUAACCUGGCAGCUUUAAGAGGUAUGGA